AUGUCUGAGCAGUCUACGUGGUGGUUUUUAUCGGCAACGAACACGGGUCAGAACGAGGACGUUCAACCGCCUGCUGACUCGUGGAAUAUAGAAAAUAUCGUGGAGGCUCUGAAAGCUUCCAAUCCUGAAAUUGAUUGGUUAAAAGUCGCCUCAUGUUUGGAUUACUCUGGCUUUUUUGUUGAAGACGCCGAGUCGUUGAGGAUACUUUUGGGCUUGAUGCAAGCCACAAACGCUCUCGAAUUUUUUUUGAGUUUUGCUCUAAAACAGUCUUGGAAGCACGUGGAAGCGCAAUGGUCUUUUAUAAAAAGACUUCUGCUGGACAGCAGCGUUAGUGACGUGCCGUGCGAAAAGUCACGUGCUAUUACUUCUGACAGUCUUUUUUCACCUCUUACCGUUACGACCAAUCGUGUGUGGGCUUCUCUUGGUCUCGCUGAAACUCUCGUACGUCUUUCUCAGCAACCCAACCUCUACGACGAAGUUAAGGACGUCUGCCUGGCCUGCCCUUGCCCAGAUAUUCUCGUUCUCUCAUUGGUUAAUCUCAAGGGCUCUUUAACGCAGUUUCAGAAAGAAGUCUGUCAAACUUUACUCCAGACUUUUUUCUGCGAUUUAAGCCGUACUUCCCAGAUUAUAUGUAAAGUCUGGGUAGUGACUUCACAACUUUUACUUCAAAGUUUAGCGGCAUUUAGCAGAAGCUCGAAAAGUAAUGCCGCAGCGAUUGUUUCUCUAGCAAAACUGCUGCACGUCCCAUCCGUCCUUUCCGUUCUUCCAGUUUCCCUGUCCAUCCACGUGGCUUUUGAGCCAAGUCUUUUGAACAGCAAUUUUUUCCCUUCAACUUCGUUUUCCGGUUGGUUGACGGCCAAUAUUAAGCACGUGGACUUUGAAAAGGCCCUCCUUCUCUAUGUUUACCAACGUUUAAGAACGGGGAAACCGCCACUGCCUACCGACAUUUGUGUUUGUCUUGUUGAAGCUUUAGACUUUCACUACAGCGCGUCUUCUUCCAAUUCUCCAAGUCUGGAAGAAUAUAAUUCUAUUCGGAAUUUACUUCUUAUACAAAUUCCAGAAUCUCCGUUCUUGCCUCGAGCCGAUUAUUAUAACUCUUACAAAAAUAAUUAUGCAAAGCCCGUCCUACCAAACUCCCAACAACGUUGUUCUCCCCCUUAUUUAGUAGUAUUUUUGUCUAACCACUCUCUAGCUCCCCUGCGACCUCUGGCGCGUCCUGUGGAAGACCACGACUCCCAUACCUAUUCUGGAGACGUUGAAAAAGAAGCUGCUCAUUUUUUUCAACAACUAUAUUCCGGAAAGCUUACCGUCAACCAAUUAUUGCAUUUACUUAAAAAAAAGCAAAUGAGCCACGAAAAAAUGGAUCGGGACGUAUACGCGUGCAUGAUUCGUGAUUUAUUUGACGAAUACAAAUACUUUGAGAAUUAUCCGGAAAAAGAGCUCACUUUGACGGCGGUUCUUCUUGGUCAAUUAAUACACCAGCAGAUGCUGCCUAAUAGAAAGGACUUUCUUCUCGCAUUACGUUUUAUUGUGAAUUCCAUUCGUAAGAAACCGGAAUUUUUUUUGUUUAAGUUUGGAGUUACGGCUUUUGAUCAGUUUCGCAUGCGGAUGCUCGAGUUUCCCAGAGAAUUCCCUCCGCAAUUUGCGCAGUGUUUGCUAGAAACUGCCAGUUUUGUGACUCUUUUUCCUCAGUUUGCUGCAAGUUGCCGGCAGUUUUUGAUACAAGUUAGCCAGCUUCCUUCAGAGCGGUUCAAAGUGGAUAAAAGCGGCGUUCAGUUGCCUUUUGGCAGCGUUAAUAACAUCAACACUCUCCUUGCUGCUGCGCCUCCCAUCGAUAUUCCUGACGACGCAGUUGUGGACAACGUCCACUUCAUAUUUAACAACGUUUCACGUGAUAACGUUUUGGAAAAAGUAAAAGACCUUCAGUCUGCCGUCGCUCCUGCAUAUUCUCUUUGGCUUGCACAGUAUCUGGUGACCAGACGGGCGAGCCUUGAGCCCAAUAUUCACGAGAUUUACAUAACUGUCGUUGAUGCUGUUGGCUUUCCUAAUUUUUACCGAAUGGUGGUUGACCAAACUUACGAAAACAUAAAAGUUUUAUUGGCCUCCUCAAAAAUAUCAACAUCGUCCUCUGAAAGAGCAUUACUGAAACAUCUUGGCACGUGGCUGGGUUUAAUAACGUUGGCCCGAAAUAAGCCUAUUCUUUACCGCAAUUUGGCUCUAAAAGAGCUGAUACUAGACGGUUAUAUCCACAACGCUCUUAUAUAUAUCCUUCCUUUUGUCACUAAAGUUUUGGAAGCGGGCUCGAAGGGGAAGGUGUUUGUCCCGCCAAAUCCGUGGCUCAUGGCGAUUCUUCGUCUCUUGAAGGAGCUUCAUUUACUUCAAGAUACGAAGCUCAACUACAAAUUUGAAAUAGAAGUUCUCUGCAGAGCGCUGAAGAUCGAUAUUAACGAUAUUGAGCCGAGCAACUUGCUUAAAGAACUGGAGCCCCAGAAGGAACCGUCCGUCCAUUCUUUAGGAGACGCGUUGGGGCGCGAGAAGCCAGAAUCGAGCCCAGCUACCGGACUGGGCGACCUUUUCCCUCUUCACUGGGUAAUUUCGAUCGAUCCGGUGGUCGAUCCGGAAUGUAAAAUAUUCCUGCAAGACGUGCAAGCCGUCAAGCAGAGCGUGCAGGCUGCCGUAGAAAGGGCCACCCAAGACGUGUCUCCCAUGCUGGAACGAGCUGUCUUUUGUUGCUCCGCUGUCGCAAAGGAGCUAAUUCUCAAGGACUUUGCUAUGGAAUCGGACGAAUCAAAAAUGCGUACGGCGGCCCAAUCUUUAGCGCGGGGUUUGGGCGCUAGUUUUUCAAUGGCCACGUGUAAAGAAGCCUUGCGAUUGAGUCUCUCUAACUGGUUAAAGUCUUUGUUACAACCAUUGUUGGGGGCGUCCUCCGAAGACCAGCAGAAGCCGCUUCUUUUAAGCGCCGUGCAGACGGCGCUGCGGGACAACUUUGAUGCUGUUCUAUUGGCUCUCGAGAAAGUUGUCUCUGAGAAUUGUGCCGCCAUCCUUGACAAGCUUCUUGCCGCCUCUUACGCCAGUCGACAGUCCCAUCGGGAACGGGCAGCCAAGCCGCCAUUUUGCGACGCCGACAGGCUACCAGAUAGUAGUUUUUUGGAUCUAUUGGGCUCUCUAUACCCGAGACCCGACGGUAUGACCCCUGACCAAUACCGCGUCUACGAGGAUUUUGCCAGUAUAAAUAUGCCCGACUCCUCGCUUCACUCACAGAAAAUCGGGGACAUAUCCUCCAAUCGCAUUUCUGGCGCUAUUGCUGGCCCCAAUUUAUUGGACAUGUCCACCUUUCAUCCGCCAGGUGUGAACCCUACGGGAACUUUAACGGUGGAGGGCGAUCCCGUUCUUUUGCAGCACAACCAGGCAUUAGAGAGAAUGUCAUUGGUCAUGAAUGAACUUUGCAAAAUAGUUGCGUGUUCACUAUUGGAAGGGUCUUCCAACCUCUCCAGCAUUUCCGUCACGACCAACUUUUUCCCUUUUUUGCGGCAGUUAACAAUUAUUGUUAUCCAAAGCAACGACCGUGCCAAUGUUUGCAUCCACUUUGCUCGAAAAAUAUUACAGUCUCUUUUCGAUCAGACUUCAGAAAAAAGUGCACUGUUUAAAGAGAUGCUGUUAUUGGCCCUUCAGACGGUGCAAGACAUAUCGAAAAAAGUUUUGCGAGAAGUACUCGAGCACGUUAAGACCCUUUUGGAAACUGAAAAGAAGUUUAACUUAAAAAAUUUUGAGGUUUUGACCGACCUUGUCAAGUGGCGGCUUAUCUCCCCGUUCCACUUAGACGAAGCAACUCUCAUACGAGAGCCGCUUCCCGCUUCCCAUCUGUUUUUUCCACGCGCUAACCUCCCCCAUACUACUGAAACUCUCCGCGGCUCGCAGUAUCUGUUGUCUCUUAACGAGACUAGCGCCGUUCUUGCUGAAGUAUACCGCCAGCAAGUGGUGGAUCACUGUCAGGCGCAGUUACCCUCCGCUAUUCCCGUGCUUGCCAGGGAGACAGUCAUGCUGUUGUUCGACGAGUGUAUCCGUCUAUCCUAUCAUCACCAGCCCGCUCAAGUAGACAAAGUUUAUGCGCUUUUUAUAGCCAAGAUCCAGCAACAAGGCGUGUUGAAGACGGACGAAGUGCAGACCGUCUUUUUCCAAGUUUGCAUCGAAGCUGCGGUCGAAGCCGCUUGUUAUGGUAGUUGGGAUAAAAAAUAUGAAGGAAGUAUAAGCCACAAGCCCCGGCUGAACGGGCGGCCCAUUGAGGCUCUUGCCAGGCUAAUGGUUGUCCUGGUUCGCAUGGCGGGAUGUGACUUUAAACAGACCAAUAAAACAACAGUGAUGGCAAAUUUACCUGUCCGAGUUCAACUUGCUAGCAAAGUUCUCCACACGAUUGUCGAAGUAAUGAGACGGGACUCGGCACUUCUUACUUUCCGCUGCGAAAGCGGCCAGGAAAAAGAAACCCUCAAUUGUCCGCCGUCCACGCGUGACGGCGCCGGCGAGGUCGGGCUUGCUCUUAACCAACGCGCUUAUUAUAAGCUGUUUUUGUGCCUAAUAAGCGACCUCUUGGCACCCGACCAAUUGUUUGAGACUAUCCGCCCCCAGCUUCUUACUGCCCUGGCAAACGCUCUGCAUUGCUUACAACCCAAAAUUCUUCCCGGGUUCACCUUCGCUUGGCUCGAGUUGGUAUCCCAACGACAGCUGCUGACUGCUUUGCUCCGCUCUCAAAAGGAGUCUUCCCUAUUCCACAUGUUGCUACUGGACAUUCUCGAAUUCACGGCCCCUUAUUUGGUUGCAGUGCAACUGAACGAGCCUCUUCGUUUACUCUAUAGAGAGGUCAUGCGCCUUUUGCUGGUUCUGCUUCAUGAAUUCCCCGACUUUUUGUGCAUCAAUUAUCUCAGCCUUUGCGAUAUCCUCCCGCCAUCUUGCGUCCAGAUGCGGAACGUGAUCCUCAGUGCGUACCCCAUUAAUGUGCGGCUGCCCAAUCCAUUCUUGCCCACCUUGAAAGCUGACUGGCUCCCCGAGCUCAGCCAAUCCCCACUUAUCUCAACAAGUGCUACUCUGGAAAUACUGCCCGAUUAUUUGCGAGAAAAAAUUACCGGCUACAUGGAAAAUAAAGACGCCUCCUACUUGGAAAACCUUUCGGAACAUUUGAUGACCACAGACACCACUGCAGGCGCCAAUUACAAUGUUCCGGUGAUUAGUGCUCUAGUGUUGUACGUUGGAUUGCAGGCACUCCGACCAAUAAAACUAAAGGAGAAUUCUGCACCCCCAAUCGCCAAUUGCCCAUCCAUGGGCGUCUUCCUGCAUUUGGCGACGGACUUGAACUCCGAAGGACGAUAUUUGUUAUUAAGUGCCAUCGCCAAUCAUCUGAGAUAUCCAAACAAGCAUACCCAAUACUUUAGCUGCGUGUUGCUGUACCUCUUCACCAAAGCCAGUCAGGAGGCUGUGAAGGAGCAGAUUGCACGUGUUCUUGUGGAGCGGUUGAUUGUUGCCAGACCCCACCCGUGGGGGCUUCUCACCACGUUUAUUGAGCUAAUAAAGAAUCCGCAGUACGACUUUUGGUCUCACAGUUUUGUGUUCUGCUCGCCAAAGAUUAAGAAUCUGUUCGAGUCUCUUCAAGAAUCCGUCCGCCAUUCGUUUAUGUUCACUCAGCGCGCGCAAAAUUCACUAGACUCGCAGAAGUCGAAGCAGCCAGUGACCCCUCUUAAAAGACCGCCUGUGGAUGCAACGUCCUAAACACAUCCCCUAGUAUCCAUGGCAUGCCAGAUGCACUUGUUUUUUUGAACCGAGUAAGUUUUGGUUGAGUAUCACGCUUUAGAAAGACAA